UUCUUACAUGUCGAUGUUGGAGUUUCGUCUCCACCCGAGUUCAGACAUCUUUGCCGUCCCAAAUUCGAUUACCUGGCAAUGCCUGUGACAACAUGCAGAUUCCCAUCCUCAGCAGGGGCCCCAUCUCUACAUGUCCGGCCCCGCAUAACCUGAAUUGAGGCUUGCAAGGUUAAUUUUGCAAACUGUGUAUAAAGCUGUUUGAAGAUUGGGAGACGGCAUUUGCCAAGUGAUGAAUUGUGAAAUUGAACUGAGCGGGCAUUCCUGAUACUGAUACUUGACCACCAUGGCCGAAACGCAGCUUCCCGCAAGAAUGAAAGCUUGGGUUCUUGAAGAAUUCAACACCCCUUACCAGUUACGCGAGCUCCCUCUCCCCGCCGUCGAAGACCCAAAUGACCUCUUAAUCCGUGUAGAAGCCUGCUCAUACUGCCACACCGACGCCGUCGUAGCCGCAGGUACUGUCACUCCACCGGCACUCCCGCACAUCGGCUGCCAUGAGUUCGCCGGUACCGUCGUUGGGCUACCGCCGGGGAAAGAGAAGGACGAUGAUUGCCACGGCUACCGUCUGGGUGACCGCGUUGCCGUAUCAGGACGCGGAUACCAUACGUGCGGACAGUGCCGCGAAUGCCAGGAGCCAUCGCCUCUUUUACCCGAUCCUCCGGGGUUCUCAGUCUUCUGCCCUCUCUCGGGUGCGGGUCUGGGAUGCCAACAGUCAGGCGGUUUUCGAGAGUAUGCUAUUGUUGAUGCGAGGCAGCUCGCGUUGAUACCCGACGGACUCACAGCUACGGAGGUUGCGCCGCUCAUGUGUGCAGGGCUCACAAUGUUUGCCGCGAUCAAGAAGUGCGAGCUCAGCCCUGGGCAGCGAGUGGGUAUCAUGGGCUGUGGUGGUGGGUUGGGUCAUUUGGGUUUGCAGUUCGCUUCUAAGAUGGGUCUGAAGACGAUGGGGGUUGAUGUAGCGCCUCGUGCACUACAACUUGCGCGGGAGCUAGAGACAGGAGCUACAAUUAUCGACGCCUCAAAAGAAACUGCUAAGGAAGUCAAGCGGUAGAUGGGUGAGGAAGAUGGCUGGAAGUUACCAUCUGAAAUGGGCUUGGAUGCGGUGUUGAUCUUGCCGGAUACACAAAAGGCAUUCGACUACGGCGUUGAGCUUGUCCGUGAUGGAGGAAGGGUCAUUGUUGUCUCUUUUCCAUCAGACGGCUUCCAUGUGUCGGCGAUGGAUCUUGUGUUCAGAAGAAUUAGGCUCGAGGGCACGCUAAUUGGGUCUAAUCGGGCCAUGAGAGACAUGUUUGACUUUUGUAUGAAGCAUGGUGUGCGAGCUAGGAAGUCGGAAUACCCGUUUGGAAAGCUCAAUGAGCUCGUCCAGGAUUACCACGCUGGCGCGCCGGGCAAGUUGGUACUGAAAAUG